GAAAUUCCUUUCCAUGGGGGAAUGCUUAGUCUCUUCAAAAGACUUCAUCAUCUCAAAGAGAAACUUUCUUCCUGGAAUAAAACUCAUUUUGGCAACAUUUUUAACAUGAUUAAGGAGGCGGAAACUGAUGCCACUAAAGCUGAGCAGUUGUUUGAGGCUGACCCCUCAACUGAUAACAAAAUCCUUUAUAAUCAGAAAUUGGCAGAACUUCAGGAAGCUCAUAGGAGAGAAUAUGCCUUUUGGAAGCAAAAAUGCAACCUUAAAUGGUUGAAAGAUGGAGAUGCCAACACAAAAUUCUUUCACAUCCUGGUGAAAGAAAGGAGGAGAAAACAGCAAAUUACAAGUCUUUUCAAUGAUCAAGGUCAAUUAAUUGAUAAGCGAGAUGAACUAGAAGCCCUUGCAGUUACCCAUUUCCCUACGCUCUUAAAUUCUUCAGAACCUUGCAGCUCUAGUGAAGCUUAUUCACAGUUUCUUAGCACCAUCCCUCAUCUUUUAGAUCAUAAUCAGAAUGAAUGUCUUAUGUCUCUGCCCACUGAAGAGGAAAUCAAAGUUACUGUCUGGGACAUGGAUCCUAAUUCCUCUCCUGGUCCAGAUGGUUUCAACAUCAACUUUUUCAAGCAAUGCUGGGAUAUUAUCAAAGGGGAUUUAACUUCUGCUUGCCAAGAGGUCUUCCUAGGAAUUCCUCUUCCCAAGGCAGCAAGUUCAUCCAAUAUUUGCCUGCUUCCUAAAACUUAUAAUGCUAUGAAACUCAAUGAUUUUAGACCAGUUUGCCUAUCUACUGUGGCCUCAAAGAUUGCUUCUAAAUGCAUUGCUAAUAGGCUUGGAAAGCUCCUUCAUCUGAUUAUUUCUGAAGAACAAGGAGCUUAUGUUCCAGGAAGGGAGAUUAUGGAUCAAAUUCUUAUCACUAAGGAGUUGGUUCAUCACAUCAAUAGGAAAGCUCAUGGUGGAAACCUUAUCGUCAAACUUGACAUGGCCAAAGCUUUUGAUAAGCUUAAAUGGUCAUACCUGAUGGACAUCCUCAAGGCUUUUGGCUUCUCUCCUCAAUUCAUUCGCAUGGCACUUAACUCACUUCUCUAUGAAGACAAGAACAGUUUCAAUCCCUCAAAGCUUAUUGAUUCCAUUUCCAGGUAUACAAGGAACUGGCUCCAAAUGAAACUGCUUAAACAUCUUAGAGUUUUUGAUGCUUGGCUUAUAGGCACAAACUUACUGCUUAAAUUCCAAUCCAAUCCAUCCAUUCGAUUGGUCAAGUGGCUAGCACCUCCUAAGGGCAGGCUCAAGCUUAAUGUUGAUGCGUCUUUCACUCAUAGUGCUAAGCAUGGAGCAGCUAUUCUUAGAGAUGACCAAGGAAGAUUAGUUGGUGCCGCCUCUUUCCAAGUUACAGGUGAAUCACCCUACCAAGCUGAAGUGGAUGCAGCCAUCAAAGGAAUAACAUGGGCGCUCAAGUUUAAUAAACUCCUUGUUUUCGAGACGGAUGCUAAGGAAAUCACUGAUUGCCAUGCUGCACUAGAGGAAGAAGGUUUAAAAUUGAAGAUGGCACCAGUUAGGGAGAAAAGAGUUAGGGGCUGUUUGUUUCAGCCUCUUAAUGGUUCAGAUGUCUGAAUGGUUCAGCACUUAAUGGUUCAGACUGUUUGUUUCAGCCUCUUAAUGAUUCAGAUGUCUGAAUGGUUAAGAGAUUUGCCUCUGAAUGGUUAAGUAUUAUACAGAGUCUGAAUGAUUAAGACCUCUUAUCUGAAUUGAUCAGACAUUUGCCUCUGAAUAGUUAAGCAAUAUACUAGCUCUUAAUGG